AAAUAAAAAAAAACAUUAAACGCUCGAUUCCUGUUCGUUUCACUCUGUCUAAAUAGCGAACCCUAAAUCCCUUUUCUCUCUCUAAAAAGAACAACCCUAAUUCCCCAACACUCCCAUUCCCUAAUUCACUUCUCUCUCUCUCCAUUCGGUUUUUUUGUUGCGUCGCCGUUGUCAACAUGUCGGAUCGAUUGACACGUAUUGCCAUCGUUAGCAACGACAGAUGCAAACCCAAAAAGUGUCGUCAAGAAUGUAAGAAGAGUUGUCCUGUCGUCAGAACCGGAAGAUUAUGUGUUGAGGUUACCUCUGCUUCGAAAAUUGCUUACAUAUCUGAGGAAUUGUGCAUUGGAUGUGGUAUCUGUGUUAAGAAAUGUCCUUUUGAAGCUAUCCAAAUUAUCAACUUGCCAAAGGAUUUGGACAAAGAUACCACUCAUAGAUACGGUCCUAAUACUUUUAAGCUACACAGGUUGCCGGUUCCCAGGCCGGGGCAAGUGCUUGGUUUGGUUGGGACAAAUGGAAUUGGGAAGUCGACUGCACUUAAGGUUUUGGCUGGAAAAUUAAAGCCCAACUUGGGUCGUUUCACAGAACCCCCUGAUUGGCAGGAAAUUUUAACCCAUUUUCGAGGAUCUGAAUUGCAGAAUUACUUUACUCGCAUUCUAGAGGAUGAUUUGAAGGCUAUCAUCAAGCCUCAGUAUGUUGACCACAUUCCAAAAGCUGUGCAAGGGAAUGUGGGGCAGGUGCUAGACCAAAAAAAUGAGAGAGACAUGAAGGAAAGGCUUUGUGCUGAUCUUGAGCUUAAUCAAGUUAUAGAUCGUAAUGUUGGUGAUCUUUCAGGGGGUGAGCUCCAAAGGUUUGCCAUUGCGGUUGUUGCCAUCCAAAAUGCUGAGAUAUACAUGUUUGAUGAACCUUCCAGUUAUCUUGAUGUGAAACAGAGGCUGAAAGCUGCCCAAGUUGUUCGAUCAUUGCUCAGGCCUAAUAGCUAUGUAAUUGUUGUUGAGCAUGAUCUUAGUGUUUUGGACUACUUAUCAGACUUUAUUUGCUGUUUAUAUGGCAAACCUGGUGCAUAUGGUGUUGUAACACUUCCUUUCUCAGUCAGAGAAGGAAUUAAUAUCUUCUUGUCCGGCUUUGUUCCAACAGAAAAUCUUAGGUUUCGAGAGGUUUCUCUUACUUUCAAGGUUGCAGAGACUCCACAGGAAACUGCCGAGGAAGCUCAAACUUAUGCUCGAUACAAAUACCCAACCAUGACCAAAACUCAAGGCAAUUUCAGGCUUCAUGUAGUUGAAGGAGAAUUUACAGAUUCACAGAUUAUUGUGAUGUUGGGCGAGAAUGGGACAGGAAAGACAACAUUCAUUCGUAUGCUGGCUGGUUUGUUGAAACCUGACACUAUAGAAGGUGGAUCUGAUGUAGAGAUGCCUGAGUUCAACGUAUCAUACAAACCUCAGAAAAUUAGCCCAAAGUCCCAAUUAUCUGUUAGACACUUGCUACAUCAAAGAAUCCGUGAUGCCUACACUCAUCCCCAGUUUAUAUCAGAUGUGAUGAAGCCACUACUUAUUGAACAGUUGAUGGACCAAGAGGUUCAGAAUCUUUCUGGUGGAGAGUUGCAAAGAGUUGCCUUAUGCCUUUGUCUUGGAAAGCCUGCAGACAUCUAUCUGAUAGAUGAGCCAAGUGCAUAUCUUGAUUCCGAACAGCGUAUUGUUGCUGCAAAAGUCAUCAAGAGGUUUAUUCUUCAUGCAAAGAAAACAGCCUUUAUCGUUGAGCAUGAUUUCAUCAUGGCAACUUAUCUUGCUGACAGAGUUAUUGUUUAUGAGGGUCAACCUUCAAUUGACUGUACUGCAAAUUGUCCACAAUCAUUGCUGACCGGGAUGAACCUUUUCUUAUCUCAUCUUGAUAUCACAUUUAGAAGAGACCCAACUAAUUUCCGCCCAAGGAUCAACAAACUUGAAUCAACAAAGGACAGAGAGCAAAAGAAUGCUGGCUCUUAUUAUUACCUCGAUGACUGAGUUUAUACUCAAAAGGUAGUCUGCUCUUUUGCCAAUGUAACAGUGCAUCAAAUUGAGCCUUUUCCUCGAAUCUCAGCUUUAAUUUAUUUGAUGCCUUGCCAUAAAAGUUGGUCUUUUUCCGUUGAAGGCAUAUUUUCAACGGAUUGAAUAGUCUACAUGUGGGCAGGACAUAUGUUGGUUGAUACAUGUUUCUGUAAUGUUUAAUGCUUUUGCUCAUGACCAGUAUUUUUUUUUUUGAGGGGAUGACCAGUUUUGUUAUGCUUUGAUGGGUGAGUCUGAUUAGUACUCAGAUUUAUAUCGGUCGUGGUUUCACAUGAUGUUCUUUGUGAUUCAUUACGCCACAGAUUUAGUUUAUGGUCAUCAUCAUGGCCUUCAUAAUUCGAUCAGUUGGAUAUGUAACAAAGUUAUACCUUCACUCCCAUGCUGAUUUUGAUAGAUAGUUUCUUUUUGGAAUAUAGCCCUGUUGAGAGGUUUUUUAUUUUAA